AACACACACUCGACGAGUAUAUAUAAGCAAUAAUAGCCAUCACAAACAUUACACAAGAUUGAGACACGAAACACAAAAUGCCAGGACUCACAGCACCUUCCGAUUACUCCCAAGAACCCCCCCGCCACUCUUCUCUUCUCAUCAACGCCAAGGAACCUUUCAAUGCGGAGCCACCGCGUGCUGCGUUGGUUGCUUCCUACGUCACCCCUUCCGAUUUCUUCUAUAAGAGGAACCACGGUCCAAUCCCCAUCGUUGAGAACAUCAACAGAUAUUCCGUGAACGUGUCCGGCUUGGUGGAGCGUCCCAAACAGCUCUUCAUGAAAGAUAUAUGGAUGCUUCCAAAGUAUAAUGUCACUGCCACGUUGCAGUGUGCAGGUAAUCGAAGGACUGCUAUGAGCAAGACCAAAACAGUGAAGGGAGUUGGCUGGGAUGUUUCUGCUAUUGGAAAUGCUAUUUGGGGUGGAGCCAAAUUGUCUGAUGUUCUUGAACUCAUUGGAAUUCCAAAGUUGACUAGUGUCACUGAAUUUGGUGGAAGACAUGUGGAAUUCGUAAGCAUUGAUAAGUGCAAGGAGGAAAAUGGAGGCCCAUACAAGGCUUCAAUACCACUCAGUCAGGCCACAAAUCCUGAAGCAGAUGUUCUACUAGCUUAUGAAAUGAAUGGUGAACCUCUUAACAGGGAUCAUGGGUAUCCAUUACGUGUGGUUGUUCCUGGUGUCAUUGGAGCCCGGUCUGUUAAAUGGCUGGAAGAUAUCAAUAUCAUUGAAGAAGAAUGUCAGGGUUUCUUCAUGCAAAAGGACUACAAAAUGUUUCCACCAUCAGUGAAUUGGGAUAAUAUUGAUUGGUCUACCCGGAGACCCCAAAUGGAUUUCCCAGUUCAGUGUGUUAUAUGUUCUCUUGAAGACGUGAGCACAAUAAAGCCUGGGAAGGUAAAAAUUAGUGGAUAUGCAGCAUCAGGAGGUGGCAGAGGCAUUGAGAGAGUAGAUGUGUCUGUUGAUGGAGGCAAAACAUGGAUGGAAGCCUCAAGAAUUCAGAAAAGUGGGGUUCCUUAUAUAUCAGAACAUGCCAGCAGUGACAAAUGGGCAUGGGUGCUGUUUGAAGUCACAGCUGAUAUCCUUCACAGCACUGAGAUAAUUGCAAAAGCGGUAGAUUCUGCUGCAAAUGUCCAACCUGAAAAGGUUGAAGACAUUUGGAACCUUAGAGGUAUUUUAAACACUUCAUGGCAUCGAGUGAAAGUUCAAGCGAGUUACUCAAACCUGUAAAAGUAGCACCAACUUCCCAAUCGAGCCUUUAUGACUCUCUCCCCCAACAAUGCUUGGUGGAUUUUGAAGCUUCUCUGUCUGAACUAUGAACACUGAAAACACCUGAACAGGCAUCGCAAUCAGUUGUAAAAAAGUCUUUAUACAAAUAAGCUAUAGGCAAGGGAUUAUAAGAAAAAUCCUUGGGUUUCUCAGAGUUUUUCAUGGAAUAUCUGUUCUUCGUUUCUUCGAGGAAAUAAUUUGAGAUCGUAAACAUGAUUCGUCUGGCACUUUGAAUUUCACUAAUCUUAUCAUUUUGGUCA